AUGAAUGCCAACAGAGAGUCGACAGAGGCAGGAGGCAGUCCAGCUCAAAAUUUCCCCAUUUCCGCAACCGUUACUUGGUCCCCGCAUCAACUGCGGGUGAACACUAGAUGCUCAUUUAGAUUUGCUCGCCAAACUCGCUUCACCGACGCGAAUCCUGACUACCCCUUUCGCCCGAUCCGGAGAGAGCGACGCCGGCGGUCUGCUUUCUUGUAG